AUUCUCCCCCUCCCCCGGCCCCCACCUUCAUUCCCCCGCCCCGCCGCUCCACGUGAUCACAGUUCAGCCAUGGCAGCGGCGGUGCUUGGUCGCGUGUGCAGAGGCCCCUGGGCGCCCGUGGCGUCGCGCCGUGCCGCCCCCGUGCUGCUCCGCUGGCGGUCGAGGGCGGCGCCCGCCGCCAUCGCCGCCUUCUCCGAGGAGGCCAAGGCUCCGCCAAAGUCGGCGUGUAAGCCCCGCACGGGCAUCCUCCUGCUCAACAUGGGGGGACCCGAAACAACGGACGACGUUCACGACUUCCUCAAACGCCUCUUCCUGGACAAAGAUCUCAUCCCUCUGCCUGCCCAGAGUAAACUGGCUCCGUGGAUCGCCAAACGACGCACUCCCAAGAUCCAGGAGCAGUACAGCCGCAUCGGCGGCGGCUCCCCCAUCAAGCUGUGGACGAGCCGCCAGGGCGAGGGCAUGGUGCGGCUGCUCGACCACAUGUGCCCUGGCUCGGCGCCGCACAAGUUCUACAUCGGCUUCCGCUACGUGCAGCCCCUCACGGAGGACACCAUCGAGGAGAUGGAGCGCGAUGGCAUCCAACGGGCCGUGGCCUUCACGCAGUACCCGCAGUUCAGCUGCUCCACCACAGGGAGCAGCCUGAACGCCAUCUACCGGCACUACGAGCAGCGUGGCACGCCGCCCCGCAUGGCGUGGAGCGUCAUCGACCGCUGGCCCACGCAUCCCGGCCUCGUUAAGUGCUUCUCCGACCACAUCAAGAAGGAGCUGCAGGAGUUCCCCGCGGACGUCCGGGGAGACGUGGUCAUCCUCUUCUCGGCACACUCGCUGCCCAUGUCUGUAGUGAACCGCGGAGACCCGUACCCGCAGGAGGUGGCGGCGACGGUGCAGCGCGUCAUGGAGCAGCUCAACUUCAGCCACCCGUAUCGCCUGGUGUGGCAGUCGAAGGUGGGGCCCAUGCCGUGGCUCGGCCCGCAGACGGACGCCACCAUCAAGGGGCUCGCGGAGCGUGGCAAGCGGCACAUGUUGCUGGUGCCCAUCGCGUUCACCACGGACCACAUCGAGACGCUGCACGAGCUGGACAUCGAGUACGCGCAGGUGCUCGCCGGAGAGUGCGGAGUGGAGAACAUAAGGAGAGCGGAGUCGCUCAAUGCCAACCCCGUCUUCAUCGAGGCCAUGGCCGACCUCGUCAAGGUACACCUGGAGUCGGGGAGCACGUGCUCACGGCAGCUGGGCCUGCGCUGCCCGCUCUGCGUGAACCCCACGUGCGGCAAAGCCAAGGAAUUUUUCGCCAACCAGAAGCUGUGACCCAGCCUCAGCCUGCUGGGGUGGGGUGGUGAGGGGACAUGGCUAAGUGGGGGGGGGGGGGGCGUGGCCUAGGGGGGGGGCACCAUCAGCACUGACCCGUGACCUAAAUGCUGAGUGGGGUCAGAGGACAGGGUGGCAAGAGGGGGGAGAGUGGUAUGGUCUCAGAAGAUUACGAUGACACGUGACAUGGGUUUGCAGUCGGAAGCAUAUUUUUGUGCUGCGUAGCAUCGUUUUCUUCACAUUUCCAAUCUUCUGGAAGUAGUGGCCAGUUUUCAUGUGACCUAUGGUCCGAGUGCACUGUAAGUGGAAAUUGUCGGAGGAAAUUUGAUCUGUGAAAAUUUGGCGGAAACUUUUUUGUAUGUGUGCCUUUUCCAGACAGUGGAAUUGUGAUGGCUGCCUAUUGAAAUAUUGUUUGUUUUUGGAGUAUACCUCCAUUGAAGUCAGCUCCAUAUAUAACCCCACGUUUUCAUUGUGGCCGGAAGUUCCCCGUUAGGUGUGUGGGUGCAUCUGCUCUUUGCAACCUGACGUGGGGCCCAUGAGUAAACUUUUCUCUAUGCAAUACGAGCUUAUACAACUCAUUCUCUCAAGUGCGCUUCUAGACACACGCGUUGAGCUGAGCGCUCCCUGUACGUAUGUACGUUCAACUUCUUUCGCGCCAUACGAAGCACGUGUGAUUGUUAACAACGCGUGGGACCUUGAGCCCCCCUCCCUUGCCCUUGUUGAGCUGGGGAUCGUGCACAGCUCUGGGCUCGCACCCCGUACACGUUGAGUCGCCGCUGUCGAGGACACUUGACCCCCUUUCUCGUUCCGAGACGUCUGCAAGUUGCAGGGUGUGGUGGUCCCAAUCACCGCUUAAUCUCGGAACGCGCGAGCGAUUAGUUUUAUUCAGAGAGGCAUAGCGCCGUUGUUUUUAACGACAUCGUACUCACCGCGGAGAACUGUCGCGACACGACCGCACUCCACGACAGCUGGCGCCACAUGCCCUCCCGCAUGUCCUUGUACUUCGGAUUCCAUUCUCAUGACGUACGGAAUUGGAACGGAAUUGGGACACGCACGUCAUCGGAAUGGGAAAGGGUCAAGAUCAGAUUUGUUUAUUGAAUCGUGGUAAAUUGCAUCGUCGCUGUGGUCGUGCUCGCGACAGGGAGCGCCAGAUCAACCUCGCACACGAGGUUCAUUUAAAUCUGGACUUGCAGGUCGAGUGUAAGUUGACCUUGCGCGCCCCUGUGAAAUGGUGCGUGAUGUUUAACCGAGCGCCACUGAGGAGUCUCGGUGUGUGACACCGGGAGCAACGCCGGAGGGCAACUGCGAGCCGGGGGGAGACGGGCAAACAGCCGCCCAUCGGCACAGGCGCGGCCAGAGCGGCCGACUGCAGCCUCAUCGGGCGAUUGUGGUCCUAUUGCAGCAGCAGCAGCAGCAGAGAUUGGUGACACUCAGACAUCGGCUGUGCAGAGAGAAAGGCAUGUUCGCAUUGAGAGGGGAGGAGAUCUGGCAUGCCUGGCAGGUCACGUGCUCUACCUCCAACGUCACCAAAUAAACUUGGUGAACCGAAGCACAUUGGAGCCUUGGAAAUUCCAACUUAAUACAAACUCGGGGUGUGUUGCGCGCAUUACGUUAGGCGAGUUUUUCCAUUGUAUUGUUGAAUUGCUGUCGCAAGAUGUAUCGAGUGCUGAACGUUGUCCUGAGACACUGGUUGAUACUUUGACAUUGUUAUUAAAAUACGUAGAUUAGACGUG